CUAUACCCCCCCUCAGCGGUACAAAAUGUCGUUGCCGAACCACGAAGGAGUGGUCGCGAGAGAAAUUCAACUCAACGCUACGAAUCCAUGUCCCAGCCUGCAAGCUGUGGCGCCAGAAGCUCUAUGAAGAGAAAGAGAUCAAGCACAACAGACAAUGACGGCAGUGAUCAACCACAGCAUGCUUCGAAGAUCCAAGCGCAAGCUGGAGCUACCACGAUCAAUUCCAGACUAACAAGUAAAGGCGUGUCGACUAAGAACAACAUCCAGUCCGAUAACGCGAAUGCCAAGCCGGCUACAAAGUCGCGUCCUGGUGAUCAAUCCAAAAAUGCAGGAAAUAUAAUCGAUCUGACUGGAGAUGACGAUACUGCAACGUCGUCAACGAAGUCCAAGAAAUCUAAGCCUGUCAAAGGCGAGGAGAGACGUCUCAAACACCACCGCACCCACGCACCGCAGAAGUACACGACUAUUGCUUACAGGGCCACAACUCAACGUAUGGUCGUGAUUGAUAGACGCCGUGCAAACAAUGAUGAUUGUCCACAUCAAACCCCUGAUUGUCCGAUGGAAGAGGUCGACCUCGCCAGCAGCACAGGCAAUAUCUACACAGUAAAGAUAGCACAUGUGCCCGAGUGCACCUGUCCAGACUUCCGUGUCAGAGGAAACCCUCAAUGCAAACAUAUCUUAUAUGUCUUGCUGAAGGUGUUGAAAGUUUCAGAGCCAUUGAACUAUCAAGCAGCGUUCUUGACUACAGAGCUGGAAGAAAUCUUCGAGCAUGCCGGACCUUUGCCUACCGAGACAAUCCACAGUGGAGACAAGGACGGAAAGCGUAAGCCAAUCGAAGGAGACUGCCCAAUUUGCUGCGAGGAGCUUUCUCAGGACAAAGAAACCAUCGUCUGGUGUCAAGCAGCUUGCGGCAACAAUCUUCACAAGACUUGCUUCGACCAAUGGGCCGCAACAAAAGGGCAUGGAAAAGUGACUUGUCCCUACUGCCGAACACAGUGGCAAAACGCAGUCGAUGGCAGCGCUUUGAAGGGCUUGGUCAAGACUGGCGCCAAGAAUCGGGACGGCUACGUCAAUGUGGCAGACCAGGUCGGCGUUUCCAACACGAGAGAUUAUUCUACGUACUAUUAUUGGGUUCGUUCCCAACGACGAAACGGAUUGCUUGACGACAGCGGGUACGAUUACGAUUAUGAUUACGAAGAGUGA